GCCGCGUAGUACGAAUGAUAGGCCCGACGUCGCGAUUAUAACAUCGUUGUUAUAUAGGUUCAUUUAGUAUAUUUGUAUUACGUUAUAAUUGUUGAUUAUUUAAAACUUUGAUUUGUUAAUUAAAGUUUUGUUUCAUUGGUUGUUAUUAAUAGUCAACUUAACUGGCUUUGGAGUACGGGUUUAAAAAUAUAAACAAAGAAAUUGUGUGAGUGACCUCUUACGUGUUAGUGAAUAUUGUAAAUUAUUAUUAUUUUAUUUGAAAUUUUAGCGGCAAUUUUUAAAAAUUAUUUAUAUGGAUUUUAGUUGUUUGGUUUAUUAUUACAAAGUAUGAAUUUUGUAAUUGUAUAAAGUAUAAGUGUGUGUGUAUCUUGGGCACCAUACAAGCUUGUGUCUUUUUUUUCGUAAACGAGAUGAAGCGAGAUACAGCGACGAGAGCCAGUGAAUAAAGGAGAACACACGACACACACGUUCUUCUUGGUUCUUCGUCUUGUUCUUCUUACCUUGUGUGCAUACGGUACCUUGAAUAUCAUCUCAUACCUAAGAUAUAUACCUUCAAGGUUAUAAUAAGAGUAUAUACAACAAGCAAUAUACAUAUUUUUUAUUUUCAAAUUUUGAAUUUUGAAUAUUUGCGCGCGCUGGAAAAAAAAGUAAAACAAUUCGCCUAUUGGUUAAUCACCGGCUAUUGGUGCAUCAAAUGCCAUGCGCUCUAUGAUAUUUUUAUUGAAUGAUAUAUUGUAGACCAAUAAAAAGUGAUAGAUUACUAUUGGCUCGUUAAAUUUAUUAACCAAUAGUGAGCGAUUAAUUUGUGAUUUAUGUAUUUGUAAUAAAAUGUGUUGUGAUUUGUGUUAAUGUGAGUGUUUUAAUAUUUAAAUUGUGGUUAUGUGUUAAAAGAUCAGUGCGUCAUAAGAUGAUUAAAAGUCGUAAAUAUUGAUUUAAGAUAUAAUAAUAUAAAAAAUUGCAUGUGCCAUGUGUUAAUAAGCAUUUGGAAGUUAACAUCAGUAAUGAAACAUACAAGAUAAUAAAAGUAGAAGAGGAGAUGGAGGAGGGGACGAUGAUAAUGGUAGACGGUGGAGGUGGCUGUAGAGGUGUAGUCAGGUUACAAUCAUCACGAAUGAUCCAGCUACUGCUUCUCAGCAUCCUGAUCACGUUAUUAACCCCAGGCGUUAAUUCCGAGCAAGUACGACACCUUGAAGUAUCUGAGAAUGCACCACCAGGUAGUAGAGUUGGUUUCAUUGACAUUGAAGGUCCACCGUAUCUCAUUGUUCCGGUAUCAGGUUCACCGGUUAUCAGUGAUUUAACUGUUGACCCCGCGACUGGGGAAAUAAAAACACGAUUACCAUUAGAUCGUGAAACGAAUCCGUCUUAUAGUUUUGUUGCGUUACCGCAACGUGGUAAUAUACGUGUUGUUAUCAAAGUUUUAGAUGAAAAUGAUAAUGCACCAACUUUUCCAGUCGAUCAUGUUGACAUUGAGUUUCCGGAAAAUUCACCACGGGAUGCUAAACGCGCGCUACCACCAGCAAAAGAUCCUGAUUUGGGACAGUAUUCGACCCAGCGUUACGAAAUUGUUAGCGGUAAUUAUGGUGAUGUGUUCAGAUUGACGCAACAUCGAGGACGUGAUGGAGUUCUUUAUUUAGAUCUUCAAAAUUCGGGUAAUCUAGACCGCGAAGCCCGUUCUUCGUAUCAAUUGAUUGUUGAGGCUUUAGACGGUGGCUCUCCGCCGUUAAGAUCACGUCUGCGUGUUAAUGUUAUUGUUCAAGAUGUUAACGACAAUCCGCCAAUUUUUAAUCAGACUAGAUACACAGCAAGUGUACCAGAAAAUGCAACUGUUGGAACCCCAGUUCUACAAGUCAAUGCCACUGAUUCAGACACCGGGAAUAAUGGAAGAAUUGAAUACUCAAUAAACCGCCGCCAAAGUGAUCGCGAAGAAAUGUUUCGUAUUGACAGUGGAACCGGGAUGGUUUACGUCAACAAAGCCUUAGAUUUCGAGUCCAAAGAACGCCACGAAUUGGUAAUUGUCGCCCGUGAUUUAGGAGCUCAGCCCCUAGAAGCAAGUGCCUUUUUGUCGGUCUACGUAACUGAUGUCAAUGACAAUCAACCGACAAUAACGGUGAUAUUUUUAUCCGAUGAUGCGACACCUAAAAUAAGUGAGAGUGCACAGCCUGGUGAAUUCGUUGCCCGUAUAUCCGUAAGUGAUCCCGAUUCACGGACUGAGUAUUCAAAUGCAACAGUAACAUUAACUGGUGGUGAUGGACAUUUCGGUUUAGCAACACGUGAUAAUAUAAUUUAUCUGGUCGUCGUCGAACGUCCAUUAGAUCGUGAAGAAAAACCGAUUUAUGAUUUGUCCGUCGAGGCAACUGAUGCCGGUACUCCACCAUUACGUGCCAUAAGGACCUUCAGACUCCUGGUUACUGAUGUUAAUGAUAAUGCUCCAAGUUUUGAACAAGAACACUACGAAGCACACUUGUUAGAAGCUUCUGAACCUGGUACCGCAGUUAUAAAAGUUAAAGCGACAGAUGUUGAUGAAGGUGUUAACUCAGUUAUUAAGUAUUCAUUGAAAAACAGCACGUGGUUUUCUAUUGACGAAGAUACUGGUUUGAUUAGUACAGUGACACAUGUGGAUUGUGAAACAGAUCCAUCGCCUAAUCUGGUUGUUAUUGCCACCGACACAGGUCGUCCGUCUUUGAGUGGGACUGCCAUUGUUAGAGUUACGGUUCAUGAUCUUAAUGACAAUGAGCCUAUUUUUGAAAAACCGCUUUACAAUACAAGUGUACCUGAGGAUUUGCCUGUCGGACGCUGCUUUAUAAAGGUACAGGCGACGGACCCCGACUGUGGCGUGAACUCGAUGGUGAACUACACCCUGGCAGCAGGACGACUCGCCAGUGAGCAGCUUUUCGUGCGAAGCGAUUCUGGCGAGAUCUGCGUGAGAUCCGCGUUGGAUCGCGAGGUUGCUUCUUACUUGGAACUACCAGUUAUAGCAACAGAUCGAGGCGGACUCAGUACCACGGCAAUUGUGAGGAUCCAAGUUCUCGAUGUCAAUGAUAAUCGUCCGAUAUUCAAUCCGCGGGAUUACAACACGACGAUUAGAUCAGACGCCCCGCCAAGUGACACGAUUGUUAGAGUUAUUGCUACAGAUGUUGACGCGGGGCUCUUUGGGCAAGUCGCUUAUCGGAUAUCGGGAGGUAAUGAGGCCGGAUUGUUUAGGAUCGAUCGUGUGACAGGUGAGCUCCAAGUGGCACGACCUAGUUUACUUGGGAGAUCCGCGGUACAUUUAUUGAAUGUCACGGCAACGGAUGCUGGCGGACUCAAGAAUUUACUUGAUGCUCGUGUUCGAGUGAGCGUGUCCGCGGGUCAACGAUUACCCAUCUGCGAGCGGCCUAGAUAUGCCAUCAGCGCCAGGGAAAACGUGCUACAGAAUAGCAUUAUCGGGGAUGUUAAAGAAGCCAUUGUUGGAGAUGCUCCGGGUGCUGCUGCUACUGGUAAACGACCGAGCAGAUUUUUUCUCGCUACUGGUGAAAAUGAAUUCUCCAUUGAUCCUUCGUCGGGAGUACUCAGAACUCGAAUACCAUUUGAUCGUGAGACACGUGAUAAAUAUGUACUAAGUGUCGGGAUUCGGAAUAAUAUUGGUAUCGGAUAUUGUCAGGUGGAACUAACAGUGGAGGACGUAAAUGACAACCCACCAACUUUCCCAAGCACAAACGUCCGUAUAUCAGUACCCGAGUCACACCCACUGCGUACGGCAUUGUACAUUGCCCACGCGACAGAUCCCGAUAGAACGCCAUCAGCACCAGUGCGCUAUCAACUCGGUCAGAAUAGCAAUGAUCUAUUCGGGAUCGACACCCAUACCGGCGAACUCUAUCUGUCCCGUCGCUUGGACUACGAGACCCAACAGCGGCACAAUUUAAUGAUAAGCGCAGUAGAUGGUGCCGGUCUUUCAGCCAACAUUACGCUCAGCGUCGAGGUCCAGGACGUGAAUGACAACCCCCCGGUGUUUGAAAGGAAUGAGUAUCACGUUGAGAUUCCCGAAGGCGCCAAACUCGAUUCUCAGGUCUUGCAAGUGACGGCGCUGGAUUUAGAUACCGGGAAUAAUGCGAGGAUAAGUUACCGCUUGAAAGGAUCAACUUUGUUUCGCAUAAGUCCGAAUACCGGGUGGAUUUACUUGAAACAAUCCCUGGAUCGUGAGACUACUGAUCAUUACUCAUUGACUGUGCUGGCUACGGAUAAUGGCAGCCCGGCAGCAACUGCAAGCUCGAUGGUAUUAAUUACUGUGCUGGAUGACAACGACAAUAGUCCGCAUUUCGUUAAGGAUUUUUACACUUUUGAGCUGCUGGAAAAUUUGCCGUCCGGAACUGUUGUGGGAAGUAUCAGUGCUGUUGACCCUGAUUUGGGAAGAAAUGCUUUGUUGAGAUACACAGUCGUCCAGCAUAAUAGCAGCUUUGCUAUUGAUCCUGAUACCGGGGAAAUAAUAACACGUGAGCCUUUGGACCGUGAGACUAAAAGUGUUCAUGAACUGGUGCUGGAGGCCAGAGACCAAGGAACACCGUCACGAGCUGCUAGAGUUCCGCUGAGAGUAACUGUGCUGGAUGUCAACGAUAACUCGCCAGAAAUAGUCGAUCCGCAGGGGGAUGUUGUUAGCGUGAGGGAAGAACAGCCACCUGGUACUGAGGUCGCACGUGUGAGAGCUUUGGAUUCUGAUUUGGGAGAGAAUGCGACUAUUACUUACAGUAUUUUAAAAGAUCGUGAUUCAGAUGGUUACAACGUUUUUACAAUAGACCCAAUAACCGGAAUGAUCCGAACCAAGUCAGUUCUCGAUCAUGAGGAACGCGACGUGUACCGCGUGUCAGUGAAAGCGAGUGAUGCUGGACGUCCUCCGCGGCACAGCAUCCGCGCAUUGCGCGUUGAAGUUCUCGCCCUGGCAGAUAACAGACCCACAUUUACUAGCAGCAGCUUAACAUUUCAUGUGAGAGAAGACGCGACCAUAGGCCAGUCAAUUGGUUCAGUAUCCGGAGCCGGACCCGCAGGACGUGUUGCCUAUACCCUGGAUUCUUUAGCGCCAGUGACAACUACUCCCGCUUUUGAUGUAGACCGGAGUUCCGGGCAGCUGGUGGUCGCCCAUUCCCUGGACCGCGAAAAUGUGAGCGAGUACCACCUUAAGAUUCGUGCUCUUGACACCACGUCAAUAGGAAACCCGCAGAGUAUCGCAGUGUCUGUGAAAAUAAUAAUUGAUGACGCGAAUGACAAUGCGCCGCGUUGGCCACUUGACCCCAUUUACAUCCGAGUCUCCGAAGCCGCUACUAUCGGAACUACUAUUUAUAAUCUCACUGCCACUGAUUUAGACAGUGGUAUGAAUGGAGAUCUACGUUAUGAUUUAGUUAGUGAGUUUCCUGUCUCAGGAAGUUUCGCAGUUGAUUCAUUAACUGGCGCACUGAGUCUCAUUAAGCCGUUGGAUCGCGAAGAAAAAACAGAGUACACGUUAUUUUUACGUGCCACCGAUCGCGCCCCACUUGCCGAACGUCUCUCGUCGACAGUCACCGCUAAAAUUAUUGUAUUGGACCAGAAUGAUAAUGAUCCUGCAUUCGUAGCACCUGAAAUCAAUAAAAUAACUGUUACGACUGAUUUAUUACCAGGAACAAAUAUCGUGAGAGUUAUUGCUGUCGACAAAGAUACAGACAACAAUGGACGGGUAUCUUAUGUAAUAACUUCAGGAAAUGAAGACUCACGUUUUUCUCUAGGCUAUGAUUCAGGUAUUCUGACUCUAAUGAAACCGAUAGUACGUGAUACUGUAUUACAAAUCGCUGCAAAUGAUCACGGAUCUCCACCAAGACGUUCCAUUAUGAAUUUGACUGUCUCCAUCGCCGUGGGACAGACCAGCGGACCACCAAGACUGCUGUUACCCAAUCCCGCGGCGACGAUUUCGGAAAAUUUGGUCGUCGGAGGAUUUAUUAUUAACGUCGUCGGAUCAACUCUAAGUGAACAAGUCAAUGUAACUUUUGAUAUUCCGGCGGGAAUUGCUGACGACAAAUUUAGAAUAUCAUCAACGGGUGUAGUGACACUGGCUGCUCCAUUAGACCGUGAAAAAAACCAACGCUACCAUAUACCGAUUCUUGCUAAGUCUACGAAACUUUUGGACCUCACGACUUUGGAAAUAACUGUCCAAGAUGAGAAUGAUAAUGCGCCGGAAUUCCGUCCCGGUUCUUGUUACACACUCGCUGUUCCAGAGAAUCAGGAUGCGGCUAUAAUUCAUACAGUUGCUGCGAUGGACAUCGAUGAAGGUGUUAAUGGUGAAAUUAGUUACAGCAUUAUUGGCGGCAACAUCGGAGGAAAAUUCAAACUAGAUCCAGUAACCGGUCACUUAUCAGCUUUCAACCUCGACCGUGAAUCAGUAGCGCGUUACAACCUCGCGAUAUCAGCCAAAGACAAAGGUCGCCCAAGUUUAGAAACUCAUUGCAAUAUAACCGUAAUAGUAAUCGACGUCAACGACAAUCCCCCCGUUUUUCUCCGCGACCAAUAUCGCCACCCCUCAAAAGACUACAACUUCAACCCCCAGAGCCCUCAGUAUCAAUACACAAAUACGUAUCCACACUACGUAGCAGAUAAAUACAUCGCCACAAUAUCCGAAGACACAGCUCCAGAUUCUUCGGUUCUCAGCGUACGUGCGACCGACCCAGACCAAGGCGUAAACGGAAAAAUAACUUACGUAAUCGCCGAGGAAACUUCCUGGCUAUUUCGAGUCGAUAAUUUCACGGGAGUCAUCACAACAGCCGGCCCGCUGGAUCGUGAAUGUCAAAGCACCUUCAAUUUCAUGGUGAUAGCUACAGAUAGUGGUAGUUAUGACGCUAAAAGCACAUCAAUACCUAUCGAGAUAAAUUUAACUGACAUUAAUGACAAUGCACCUGUGUUCACUGAGACGCCAUUUAAAGCAACUGUUCCUGUAACAACCCAGCCCGGACACACAAUAAUCCAAGUAAAAGCUAAAGAUCCAGACGCUGGAUUAAAUGGAGAAAUAACUUACGCAUUUUUAAACGAUAACGAAAAGUCCAAGUUCCGAAUUCAUCAGAACUCGGGUGUAUUGACGGCAACUACAUCAUUGACUCAAGACUUUGGUAAAACUUAUCAUUUAGAAAUAAUUGCGCGGGACAAAGGUACGCCUUCAAAAAGUAGCCGCGGUUUGAUUGAACUGCGGAUUGGAGACCCGGAUGACGUAACGUCGAUGCUCAAGUUCCAAAAUUACUCUUACGAAGUUGAUGUACAAGAAAAUUCGGCGAGUGGGAAGGAAAUUUUGCAGGUGACGGCAGUUCGUACUGAUGGCAGACGACAGCAUGUCGUGUAUUCUAUCGCUUCCGGAAAUGAUUUCGAUACUUUUGUUAUUGAUCCUGAUACGGGAAUGGUUAAAAUCAAUGACCCUGCGAAAUUGGACGCUGAGAUGUGGAUUGAUGCUGAUGAAGAAGGAAAAGAAUUUUGGAAGAAUGAGAAUAGAGGCCAGUCAAGAAGGAUUUUGACUCUGGUUGCCAAAACUACAGGGACAGAGCCUUUGGAAGCUUAUGCUAAAUUGACUGUGCACAUUACUGAUGUCAAUGACAAUGCGCCCAUUUUUACACAGACUCAAUAUUCAGCUACUGUACUCGAGGGAAAUGCCAAAGGAAAUUUUGUUGUCAAACUAUCAGCAAGUGAUGCCGACCAAGAUACGAACGGUAAAAUCCUGUACCAUAUAGUAGACGGAAACCCCGACAACGCCUUCACAAUAAGUCCACCAUACAGCGGAAUAGUGCGUACCAACAUCGUCCUAGACCGGGAAAUCCGUGAGAAAUAUCGGCUCACAAUAAUAGCCACUGACCAAGGCAACCCUCAGCUUACCGGAACAACGGCGCUCAGCGUACGCGUCAUCGACAUAAACGAUAACCAGCCCACGUUUCCCGGGCACAACGUAAUUUCCGUUCCUGAAGGGACCGCAGUCGGUACAGUUCUGACAACAAUAACAGCAAAUGACGUUGAUAGUUCACCAGCAUUGACCUAUCGAUUUGGAAACGUAAAUCAUCCAACUCCAUUUAGUAUCGAUCGUUAUGGAGGCAAGGUCACUUUAACUGAGUCAUUGGACGCUGAAGAUUCUGAUGAAUACACGAUCCAGGUGAUUGCCAGCGAUGGAAUACAUGAAGCAAUCACUGAUCUUACUGUUAGAAUCGUUGAUGUCAAUGAUAAUCAGCCUAAGUUUCAACAAGCUGCUUAUAUUGCAACUUUAUCAGAAGGACGAGGCGAAGUACGUGAAUUAUUGACAGUUAAUGCUACAGACGAUGAUCUGCUGCAGGAAAACAAUGUCGUACAUUACCAUUUAUUGAAUCCUGUCAAAGGAUUCAGUAUAAAUUCCGAGACUGGAGUGAUCACUGCCAAUAGAACUGCGUUACUAAGGCCACUGCCCAAAGAGAUUGAACUGAUAAUCGUAGCACGUGACUCUGGUAAACCAGCUCUGUCGUCAACCUGCACGGUAAUUGUCCGACUAAGUGGCCUACGAAAUGCGUCAUCCAAUCGGGAGUUCAAAAUAAAUGUCAAUGAAAACGCAGCACGUGGUACUAGUCUUCUUAAACUUGCGGAUCUUGGUCUACUAGAUGGUACUAUUGUUUCUCAAGAAGGAAGUGACGUAUUCGAAACAUCGAGAGGACGGUUGAUUAUCAGCAAAAAUCUUGAUCGUGAAUUCAAAGAUCGAUACAUCGUGUACCUGGGAACUAAAAGCGAAAAUUCAUCAAGCAUCACCAACGAUGACGUAGUAAUAGUUACGAUCCAAGUGGAUGACGCGAAUGACAACUACCCCCACUUCACAGAAGAACUUCAAGAAGUUUCAAUAAAAGAGGACGCAGCGAUCGGCACGCUCUUGACGACAAUAAGAGCAAGCGACAACGACCUUGCGGGAACCCCAGCAGCAACGAUAGCAUACAACAUAACCUCUGGCAACGACCGACAUCUCUUCCAAAUAGAUCCAUCUACCGGCGCGAUUACUGUGAACUCAACUCUGGAUUGCGAUCUGUCACCCGAGACUCAUCAUCUAGUGAUUCUUGCCUGCGACACAGACAUUUUAGCUCUCUGUUCCCUUGCACGGGUGCGCAUUCACAUCGAAGAUGUUAAUGACAACUCUCCCAAGUUCCCCGUGCACGAGUACCUUGAGUUUGUUGGAGAAAAUGAACCCGUUGGUACAAAAGUAUUCUCUGCCCGCGCAUCAGAUCUAGAUCGCGGUGUAUUUGGUACCGUUAAUUAUUCCAUAGUGUCAGCGGCCGCUUCAGGAUUCACUGACAUCGACGACUCUUGGAAACUAUUCAACGUAAACGCGCAGACGGGCGCCGUUACCACGGGUGCAAUUUUCGAUUACGAGCAACGAAAUCGUUACGCAUUUACACUGCGAGCUACCGACGCAGGAGGUCGUACAGCCGCAGUAAAAGUACGUGUGGAAAUAGACUCACGAGACGAAUUCUAUCCCCAGUUUACAGAGCGGAUGUACCGAUUCGAUCUACGCAACGGUCUGCAAACUCAACCGGGAACAGUUGUAGGCCAAGUGACUGCAACAGACCGCGACAAAGGGCCCGAUGGACGCGUGGUCUAUCAAUUAACAUCACAGCACCCCUACUUCAAGCUCAACCGCACCACCGGUGCACUGAUCGUCAAGAAGAAGCUCCACUACGACACAGUAGAAGAAUCAUCCCGCUUAGUAGUGAGCGCGAGUUCCGGAAGACAGCGCUCGCUCUCCAACAUGACCGUCGUAGAAAUUCGCAUCAUCGACGACGACUCAAACAGUAUAUUCUCAACGAACUAUGCAACGUCGACGAACCUGGGCGCCAACAUGGCAGUAGCGACUUCAAACGGCCUUGCAGAUUGGGCGCUAGGUCUCCUAAUAGCUUUAGUUCUUUUAAUCGCCGCUUUUGGUGGUUUCUUUUUGUAUGUACACUUAAAAAACCGUAAACACAAAAAACCCAACGCGAAACCUGGUUUAAAUGGUGACGGAAAUGCUACUGCGUCUAAUAGUUACGUAGACCCUACGGCAUUUGACACAAUUCCUAUCCGAGGAGUCGCUGGAGUCGCCUCUAAUGUAAAUGCAGCCGGCAAUGCAGGCUCUUGUCAAUUUGCUCCGCCAAAAUAUGAUGAAAUUCCGCCUUAUGGAACUUCUGGACAAUCUGUAGGCCAACAAGCAACUUCUGAAAUCUCCGGAAGUGAUCAAUCUGGUUCGUCUGGACGUGGAUCUGCUGAAGACGAUGGAGAAGACGAAGAAAUCCGUAUGAUUAAUGAAGGCCAGGCUGCCGAUUCCGCAAGCGACUUGUCAGUUCAUAAUACUCAAGAAUAUCUGGCACGGCUGGGAAUCGUCGAUGCGCCCUCAGCUAAUUCGCAUUCUCAUGCUCGAAGGCCUCCAGAAGCUUUGCCACUAGAGAGCAUCCACUUGUUCGAAGAUGAAGCAGUCACAGAAGCUGAAAUCGCGACUUUGAUCUACGGCAAGAUUGGCGAGACGCGUAGACCCACUUCCGAACUAGAAGUACCUGGUGGUCCUUCGAUGAACGGCUCGCUCAGCUCUAUCGUUCACAGCGAGGAAGAGCUGACCGGUUCCUACAAUUGGGAUUAUUUACUAGACUGGGGUCCUCAGUAUCAACCACUGGCGCACGUCUUCAGCGAAAUCGCCCGACUGAAGGACGAUGCCGCCAGUGUACAGAGUGGCAACUCCGCUAAUAGACACAAAGUACAGCAGCACAAGGCGCCACCUCCGCCAUUACUCACUUCCGUGGCGCCCAGAUCUAUCGCGGCGCCAGCCCUCGCCCGCGCGAUGCUUCCCAGAUCACCAAUCAGCCACGACGCGUCAACUUUCCCCUCAGCGGCUCUCAGUCCGAGCUUUUCCCCUUCUCUAUCCCCCUUGGCGACUCGCAGCCCCAGUAUUAGUCCGCUAGUUCCUCCGACGCCUCAGCGGGCGCAGAAUCCUCGCAGCCUUCCGGUUGUCGAUAAUGAAUUAAGAAUUUAGACAGUUUUAUUAAUUAUUUCUGUAUGUAUUUUUAUUUUUAACAUCAAGACUGCUCAUUAUGUUAAACGCGUGAUAAUUAAUUUUUUUAAUUAAUUUGUCAAUUGAUUAAUUUACUAAUUAAUCGGUAAUGUAAAUGUAAUAAUUUCUUAAUGACUUAAAAUUGUAAACAAAUUGAAUUUUGUAAAUAACUGAGGAUAAGUGUAAGUAGAAAUGUAAAUAAUUGUUUAUUAAUUAAUGAGGUUUAAUUGUUAAUCAAAACGAUUGCGACUUUGGUAUAUUUAUUAUUAAUAUUAUUAUUAUUAUUGUGAAUUAUUAUUAAAGUAUAAAAGUCUGUAUAGUAUUUUGUAAUUUAAUAAUUUUAUUAAUUAAUUAAUCAGUUAAUUAGUUAAAUGUAUGAGAGUGAGUGAGCGAAAGAGUACCGAGUCGCUAUUUUUUAAUAGACCCACGAAUGAACUGACAUUGUAAUCGUGGCAUUUAUUUAUAGGCUAUUAUUAUUGUAAUAAUUAAUAAUGUUAUUUUGUAUAAAAAAAUUAUGUUUAGUAAUUAAUUAAUGAAACCCUUAAUUUGUAUAAAUAAUAAGAGAAUUGUAAUGAAAUG